AAGCAAUCUUCUCUUCCAACGAAUGUUCCACGAAGUAUGUAGCGAUCUUACUUUCACAGUGAUCCACACAGAGGAUCGAAUCGUCGUCAUCGGCCGAACGUAAGGAACUGAUAAUGUUGAUAAGAUGCGAGACGUUCAUCCCAAACAUAGGACCGCGCAGGCAGUGUGAUGAUGUUCGGGAACGACCGAGGCCAGUUGUAAAUCGGCAUUGGACGCACAAACUUCAAUUUACUUGGUGCGCCGCUGUGCAGCACCGUUGUUCGCAUUGCUUCGUGUAGUGACAGUGUAGUUGUGUCGGCGAUCGCCAGUGACGAUGGCCAGAGGAGUAAUCACCCUAUUGUGGAUCAAUUUGAUCUGUCUUAUCAGUGUAGCUGUAUGCAGCCCGAACGCACCGAAGAAUGGUAUGCAGAUGGCCGGUGAAACGCUCCUAUCGGAGCAACUGUUUGCCAUUAUCGAUCUGUACAAGCAGGAAGAUCCGGUUGGACUGCCGGGUGCCACCAUACCCGAUCCGAUGCCCAUUCCGGAGAUUAAGCAGUCGUUCUCCUUCGCCAAGAUGCAUCUGCGCAAUGUGCUCGCCCACGGAAUGUCCCGCUUUCGCAUUCGUUUCUUCCGCACCGAGCUGAACAGCAUGUCCAUCACGACGCAGAUAUCCAUCGACGAGAUUACGGUGAAUGGAAACUACACGAUGAGCACGUUCUUUAACCGUGCCGAGGGUCCGUUUACGGUGCUGAUGCGAAAUGUUCUCACCAAGGCAAACGUGUCGCUAGCCGUCGAACGGGACGGUACGUUGCGCACGAAGGAUAUCGAGCUGGACAUUGCGUUCGACGAUAUGGCGAUGGACUUUCAGAAUCUCGGCUUCAUGGGAAGCAUUUUCCAGAGCGUUGUCAACUCGGCAUCGAAUCUGGUGUACGACACGAUGAAACCCUUCAUGCUGUCCGAAGCGUAUACGAAAAUUCGCGAGGAGGUUGACACCCGGAUGCUAAACAUAACGCUCGAGAAGGAAUUUACUCUGCCUAAUUCGAUCUCACCGCUUGAUAUGGCGAUCGGCGAGUUGCGUAGCAUCGUGCGGGCCAAGGGUCUUGAUCCGUAUCUCGUGCCGGAAUACAACAAUACGGCCGGCAUCUUCGGCAUGCAGACGAUGCACACGUGGAUCAGCGGUGGUUCCAGCUUUUACCGGUACGGUGACAUCUCCGUGACGAUGCAAAACAAUUCCGCCACGCUUGGGAUGCACGUGGCAACGCAACGCAUCGUUGGCUCGACGCAAUGGGAAAUAUCGAUCGGUCGCGGUAUGCUGUCGCAUGCCGGUCGGGCACAGUUUACGGUAGAGCACAUACGCGUUGAGUUCCAGGUCGAGCAACCUUUAGAUCUGCGCAAGAAGCUUAAACUGCAGGACAUUCAGCUCGAACUCGGCAACAUCCAGGUGCGCUGUGACGGUGCCGGUACGUUUGAUUACAUUAUCGAGGCCGCAGUUAACAUACUGCCGAACUUGCUGCGGUACCAGAUUAUGGACGCAAUCGAGAAUCCACUGCGAAUGCGUAUACAGGAGAAGCUGGACUGUAUCGAUACGGAAGCAUUGGUGCGAAAGUACGUGAAAGAGUACGAACAGAACGGUCUCAAUAUUGACCUGCAGGACUUUCAGCUUUGCGAACCCUGAAUAGUGUUAAAUCUGGUGAGUUUUAUUAGCGUACCAUUUAUAUUAACAAAACCUUUGAUGUAGAACGAGUGCUAUUCGUUCCAUUGGUAAUAUGCGUUGAGAAAGAUAAUAAAACUUUCUACACGAGCUCUGUAUCAAGUAAA